AUUGUUGAUAAUGCAAUGCUCCAAGUCCAUAAUAGAGGAAAAAUCAGUGUUGGUACAAAAUUAUUGAUCCAUGGAGCUGAGCUGGCUGGUCAUUUUUCGCCUUGUCAUCCGUUAGAGGCCCCGCCAGGUUUAGGUUUGCGACUUCAUACAAACAUGGUAAGAAGGGCACGUUGGUGGUCACGCCUUGGCCUCAUAUCUCAACCACUCUGCUUGCCUGUGCAAUUGGGGUCAAUUCUUAGUGAUGGUGGAGUUGUCGGUUGCAUUACUGUGGUACUUAGUCGCGUUUAUCCACUCAUUUAUUUUGAAAGAUCCAACAAGAAUUCUUGUUUUCGAGGGGAAAAGGCUCAUCUAAGACUUGUGAAAGAAAAUCAGCAGCUCAAGGAAAUAACUUUACACCAGAUAGUGACAGAAGUUGAGAAAGAAUUUUCAAAGGAGGAGGGGUCACUUAAUCAGAAGAAUCGGAAUAGGGUUUCUAUAACUGGCAAAGAGGUUUCGGAUCUACGAAGGGGGAAAGAAAUAGCCCAGUUCUUGGAAAAUACUAUGGAUGAUUCCAGUGCUGAGGGAAUGUUAACUGCAUCUCAGAUAGAGCUGGCAAGAUCUUGGCACCAAGAGCAGGCUGAGAUGAAAAGGAACAAAAUAAAUGCUGAAGUCCAUCGCAGACUUAACACAAAGGAAAAACUGUAUGAAGCAGUCCCUGUGUUAAAGAUACGAGUAAUGGAUACCAAUGGGUCCUGUGCAAUACUCUCAGUAUGGCGACCAUCUGAAGACCUUCAGCAAUCACUGUUGGAAGGGAAAAUCUUCCGCAUCUUUUAUGUUGUGGCUGCUGGUUAUAGAAGGGAUUGUCUUCAGUUAACAGCCACACGCCAAACACGCUGGGAAGACAUUGGGACUGAAACAGACCACAGUUUCCCAGACUGUCGCCGUCAUGUAACACCUCUGUGUCUUACAUUAUCUAAAAAUCUGCAACCAGCAUGGAAUGAGGUUGAUGUUGUUGGAGUGGUAUUUAGAAUUAGUCAAAUGGACCAAGGAUCCCAACUGGUAUACAUUGUUGAUCAUCAUAUUAAUAUCCUUGCUCUUAAAUUUGGGGAGUGUGGAGUUGAAGAUAUUGUUUCUUGUGCAUCAAUAUUAUACGUGUCAAAUGGAUCCUGGCGAGGAUACAGUGAUGGAAGGUGUGCCUGUGUCCAUGUAACUGAAUUAAGUGUUGUGUCAGUUUCUCCUCGUCAUUCACACUUGGUGGAAGCUUUUGAACACUUGAAGAAAAAAAUUGAGAUAGAAAGUGCACCUAAAGAUUUUACCCCUAGGCCCAAUGAUGGAAAAGUUCUGCCACAGUUGUUAACAAUUGAAAUAUCACUCCUGAAUCUCCUUAGUACGGCUUCAAACAAUGUAAAUAUUACAGAGGAACACCCUGUUCCAAGUGAAAUAUCAAAUCCAGAACACCUAUUAGGGUGCACAGAAAUUCAAAAAGAAACAAAUUAA